AUGGAUAUUGGAACUAUUUACGAGGAGCCCACUUCAAAAGUUGUCUUGUCAUUGACGUAUUUGGAAGUACAUAUAAUCACAACAAAGAACAUUUUACCCAUUCCAUUUUUUCCCAUGUAUCCUAGUUUAUUUAUAUUUAGUCUUUUAUUGAGAUUGUUGGUUGGUUAUCCGAAUCGAUUGACUUUUGAAUUACCUGACAAUGAAGCAAUUUGUUUUUAUGAAGAUCUUCCAGCUUCGAAAAAAUAUGUAUUUAGUUAUCAUGUCAUUCAUGGCGGUCAAACAGAUGUAGAUAUCAUCAUAAAAGAUCCUAAACAAGUGAUUAUCUCCAAUAUAGAACGUGGUUCAGACGAUGAUAUUCCUUUUACAACAAUCUCUUCAAAUGGUACUUAUUCAUUUUGUUUCAGUAAUGAAUUCUCGUCUAUAUCACAUAAACUUAUUUAUUUUGAAAUACGACCGGAAGAUUUUGAAUCAUUAGCUGAAGAAGCUGGUUUACCAAUCUAUCCAACUGUUAUGACUUUAUUGGAUAGUGUUAUUGAAGUAUUGCAUCAUUAUUUAUCACGAGCUGAAAGUUUUGGCAUUGAAUUGAAAAAUCGUGAUUAUGGUGAUUUCUUAGUGGCGGAAGAUUUGAAUGCAGCUGUUUUUAUCUGGAGUAUCAUUAUUACAUUAGUUGUGAUUGUAACUUCUGUUGGACAAGUUACAAUAUUGAAGAAUUUCUUUAGUGAGAAAAAAGUUGCCUAUUCAGCUGUGCCGACAAAUUAUCCUAUUCAUACGCUGAGAACAUAAAUUACUGUAGAUUGUAGUAAUAUAUACAUUUGUGUUGUGCAUAGGAUAGUUAUGAUUUAAACAAUGAUUUGAAUGCGAAAUAUUGCCUAUUUCUUGUGACCACAUUCAAAAUUAUCUCUGUUUUCCGUUGUGUUCUUUUUUCUCAAACACAUCUUUAUUUUUAAACAACUUUUGUCAAAUUGUUAAACUUGUACAGUUUCAUUUUUUAAAAGUUUGAUUUGUAUUCUAAACUUUGACUUGUGGUUGUGUUGGUGGUUUUUUCUUAUUUCUCUCUGUCUCUCUCUGAGACACCUUAGUUCAUCAGUUUGUGUUACAUAAAACUAUGCUUUUGGUUACCGACUAUGUGAUGAUGAUGAUGAUAACCAGUGAUUAUCAGUUAACUUUUUAUUAAGAACUAAUAGAUGUCUAUAUGGUAAGGAAUUAAACCAAGAUAACGUCACUGACAAUUAAUCGGUGGAGCUCUGUAAUCUGCAUAUUGUACUAAAUUUUUUAAACCUCAUUCUUGUGUUAGUUUUCUCAAUCUGUACUGUCUACAAAGUUGGCUAAUGUAAAAAUAUAUGCUAUCUCUAGGU